AACAGUAGUUCAGCAGUUACACAGUCAACUGUCAGCAGUGUGACUUCUAGCAAAUUCCAUAAUAAAUAAAAAUUAACAACAUUAGUGUUUGCACACAUUUUGACUGAAAUUUUUCAGUGGUGAAAAUGAUUGAAAUAACGUGCAACGACCGUUUGGGCAAAAAAGUGCGGGUUAAAUGUAACCCUGAUGAUACUGUCGGUGAUUUGAAAAAACUUAUAGCUGCACAAACUGGCACUAAAUGGGAUAAGAUUGUUCUGAAAAAAUGGUACACCACGUUUAAAGAUCACAUUCAGCUUCAGGAUUAUGAAAUCCAUGAUGGGAUGAAUCUUGAACUGUAUUAUCAAUAAUUCACCAUUUUUUAAUUUUCUAUUAUAAUAAAUAAAAACCAUAGGUUAAGAAUAAAA